AUGUCUUAUACUAUUCGAUGGAAAUAUUUUUUUCCUAUAAACGAACAGCCCCAAAUAAUCACGACUGGUAACAUCGUAUGUUUUUCAGGAAAAUUUGUAGUUGAAAAUUCUGAACAGUGUCUCACCGUAGCAUCUGCAAACAUUCUUGAUGCUGGAUAUUCAAAUCAUGAAUUUAGUAUCGCCAAUAUUCCUUCAUGUAUCCCGCACUGUAUGCUUUCUGCAUUCAUUACUUGUACUCCCCAAAAAGUUAAUAAUUUUAUCUAUUUCGAUAUGGAAUGUUUGGAAUAUAAUGCUAUUACCAGUACAUCAAAUGUCAAGAUAAAGAUAACUGUUCUUUACCCAUUCCACUCAAUAAGAUUUCAAAAAUAUUUGGACCCUUCAGGGUCAAACAUUAAAUUAAAUAACGAUCGUUCUUCAAUUAAAUCUAAUACUAUUGCUGCUCAUAAAUCAUCUGAAACUCCAAUAGUGAUUAUUGAUGAUGAUACAGAAAGUAAUCCAGAUGACAAGGAAAAGCAACCUAAUCGCAAAGAUAAUAAAAAA